CCAAAUUGUAACUGCGUUCGACAUGACCGUGCACCGCCCGUAUUUCGGGUCACUUAAGACAUUCGAAAUCCACUAAAGGCGCUCGAAAUCCACUGGGAGGUAGAGUCGCCUGUGUCGACCUCGGCGAUGAACGACGUGUUCCCGAUCGAAGCAUGGCGGCAUUUGCCACGGAGCCUUCGAGGGCAGGCCCAUGGGCAUGGCAAGGUCGUUGCGGCGAGCCGUUGGCAGUCGUUGCACGGGCCGCACUCGAAUCCGUCGGGUUGAAUAUCUGCGACAUGUUCACCGGCGUCUUCUGCGACACCUAAAAAGCGGUCGGUCGAAGGGCGGCCCAGCAUCCCACAACCGCUGGCGUUCGGUGCGGUGAAACUUUUCCGAGGACCGGGCCACACACGCUUGUGUCCGCGCAGGUUACAUCAUGACUCGAUGGUCGUCACCGCUCAUGCCACCGCGGCAAGAACAGCUCCUUGGCGUGCCUGCCGCCGCCGCUUCGCUGGAAGCCAGUGGGCAGUAUGUUCAGAUUGUGUCGCCGACCGCGUCGUCGCGGUACUCGCUCGCGCUCCUUGCCGGCAUCACCAUCAUGUUUGGAUUUGGCUGUGUGUGUGCGAUCGUUCUCGGUGUGGCCAUCAGCGGCACCCUUCGCAUACAACCGACCGACCCCCCGCACGUCGUCGCUGCUCCCAAAGACCUUACACUGCCAUGGCACCAUGCAUUUCGCUUUGCCUCGGCAUUUUCGUGCAAUGCGUAUCUUGUCCAAGCGAUCGUGUGCCUCGCCAUCGCGAUGGUGGUGGCGUCGUGUCCGUCCGUCGUCGUCAUUCCGCGCUCCAAAGUCGCGUUCGCGCUGUACCUCGCAAUCUUCAUCGCAUCGGUGGGGUCGGCGGUAAUCGGGUUCAGCUCGGUCACGUUGGCGAACGAAUGGCUCUUGGUCAAGUUUGUGCCGGCCACGGCUGGCGGGAACAAGGAGACUGCCGUCGCGCACGGCUACCACUACGCGCUGUGCGCCUCGCAGUAUUGCGCGGCAAAUGCGUCCAGCUUGCCGACGCUGUACUCGAACCUGGGUGUGGUGGCGAAUUCGAGCGCCGUGUCGUCGAGCCAGACGAUCGGUGACGUGUGCGCCAUCGCCGGGCCGUCCUCGUGGCCCGACAGGUUUCUCCGCGCCUGUUUGGCUUGCACCGGGCGGGACGUUGCCGACGACAGCCUGUUGAACUGGUCCACCAACGUGUGCCAACCACUGACGGCACCAAACGUCACAGCGAUCUUUUGCACACGCGUGCUCACAGCCCAGGACGUGAACCUGCCUGAACUUGCCAACUUUACAACACCCUACAAAUCGUGUCGGCGGCCGCUCUUGAACGCAUGGACGUAUUACGCCAAGCGCGUCGCGGGCGGAAGCACGAUCCUGGCCACUGCCACGUUGUUAUUUAUGGCUGCGUUUUGCCGACGCCCGCAAAAGCAUGGGCUGGUCGUCAUGGCCCCUCCUAUUCCCAUCAUGGGCUCCGCGAUACCGCCAUGCAGUGCACGCGCCGAGUAAAACCACCGAGAAACGAGGCUGUAGACAAAUCCUAGCGCUGAACGCGAUUGCUAUUGUGUGGCGCGUUCAAUUGGUUUUUCACGACCAUGUCGCGCAUAUUCUGCACACGGUUUCCGC